AUAAAUUUGUGUGCAAAGAAAUUAAAAGGAUACCAAGUAAAAAAAGAUAAACUAAUAAAUAUCCGUAAAAACAGUUAAAAAUUCAUAAGAAAUCAGUAAAAAAAAAAAUUUCAAUAAACUUAUGUUUUUUAAUUUGAAACACAGUAAUCAGCCACAAACUUGCUAAAAAAAUUGAAAUUAGCUCAGUGAUAUACAAACAAAUUAAAGUGAUAAAAAUAUGUUCAUUGUUAAAACAAUUUGAUUUUAUCCGCGUUAAAAAAAAAACAAAAAACACAAAGCACAAAUAUUUAAGAGUCAAUUGAACAUUUUAUAACACAUAUCAACAAAUAGCAACCACUAAGUUAAGGGAUAAGCUAAAAUGAAUUGAAAUUAAGAAGAUUGUGAUACAACCACAAACCUUCCAUAAUAUUAAACUAUAACAAAUCAAACGUAAUCGGAACUUGGUUCAGCAAAAUUGCUGCAUAAUGUUUGACAAGAACAUGGAUGGCAACAAUUUAUCGGUCUCCAUUGGCGGCGACUUGGACUCCACAAGUUCCGGCGGCACUUCCUCGGACCACUCGGCUGUCCAACAGGAUAAUCUUAGUUCGCCGAUGGCCUACGGAUCACUAUUCCUUCCCAAUGCUGGUUAUCGAGGAAACCUGUCGUGCAAAACAGUUCUUCAAUUAGAUAAAUUUGCACCCUAUGAGGGGGCGGAAAAGGAUCAUCUGCUGGAGCGACGUUUCCAGGAUAUAACCAACGACUAUGAUAAGUCGCCGCCGCCCACCGCCUCGACCACGCCCACCCACUAUCCCAGCCUGAAUAGCAUAAUAUUCGAGAACGGCAGUGGGCCAAAUCUGGGGGAUCUCAAUGGGAACACGAAGACGGAUUCCCUAUGCGGCUUGCAGAGGAGUGCCAGUGGAUUGGGCGGUAAUCCUGGGAGUGGUGGUGGUCACCUCAUCUCCAAUCUCACGUCCGCCCACAAUAUGUCCGCAGUAGGCAGCUUUCCCAUCGAUGCCAAAAUGCUGCAAUUCUCCACGGAUCAGAUCCAGUGCAUGUGCGAGGCCCUGCAACAGAAGGGCGACAUCGAGAAGCUGACCACGUUCCUCUGCAGCCUGCCACCCAGCGAAUUCUUCAAGACCAACGAGAGUGUCCUGCGGGCCCGUGCCAUGGUGGCCUACAAUCUGGGCCAGUUCCACGAGCUGUACAAUUUGCUGGAGGCGCACUGCUUCUCGAUCAAAUACCACGUAGAUCUGCAGAACCUCUGGUUCAAGGCCCACUACAAGGAGGCCGAGAAGGUGCGCGGUCGUCCACUCGGUGCGGUGGACAAGUACCGCCUGCGGAAAAAGUAUCCGCUUCCCAAGACGAUCUGGGAUGGCGAGGAGACGGUGUACUGCUUCAAGGAGAAGUCGCGGAACGCCCUCAAGGACUGCUACCUCACCAAUCGCUAUCCCACGCCCGACGAGAAGAAGACGCUGGCCAAGAAGACCGGCCUCACGCUCACCCAGGUCUCCAACUGGUUCAAGAACCGUCGCCAAAGGGACCGCACGCCCCAGCAGAGACCUGACAUUAUGUCGGUGCUGCCUGUGGGCCAAUUGGAUGGAAACGGCUUCCCGCGCAUGUUCAAUGCUCCCAGCUAUUAUCCCGAAACGAUUUUCAAUGGGCAAUAAACCUCGAUCCAGGCGAGGCUGUUUUUUUGUGUAAAUAAAGCGUAUUGCGUUUUUAAGUUAGGACAAAAGCAAAUGAAUAAAUGGUCAUCUAAUGGCACUUCUUCGUUAGCUUUAGAAUAAAUUGAUUUUUGCUUUAUGUAUUGUACAAUAAUAAUAAUAAACAAGUGGCAGUAGAUCAAAAAUUCAACAUACUAUGUUUCUGCUAAUUUUAUUUCAGAAGAGUA